GACGACCGAAAUUAUCAUAAGUCUUGGUUCUGUUCAGACAAAACAACAGCCAUGGGUCGAGACUGAAAACGACCCAAUUGGGCAGGCCCGGUAAAUCAAACCGCAUAACGGACUCGCUACCGCAGUUCUUCGGAACUGAAAGUCGGAAUCAUAAGUACAACAAGAAGCCGUGAAGGUCGCAAAGUAGAUGUGGGGAGGCCCUCAAAAAUGCGUCUUCACUCCCUCAUUGUGUAUUGAACUACACCUGAAGUGAUGGUCUAGGGUCCCACUUCUAUCCUCAUGCGGCAUGCCUCCAGAAUGCAUGCGGGGAAGUUAGAUGAAACGACUUUAUAUUGAACCCCGGUAUUGCGAGAGGAUGCAUGUAAAGCUCAAAAUUCUGUAUCUUGGAUACUGUCCAAUCUCACCGCCAACAUGAAGUUCACCACUUCACUCGCACUUCUCCUGUCUACACUCUCCAGCGAAGUCCUGGCAGCCACCGCAGGUUGCGGCAAGCCUCCCUCAACUAUCAAAGCCGGCCUCAACACUGUGACCGUCAAUGGCAAGACUCGCGAAUGGACCCUCGCUCUCCCAUCCAACUACGACAACAGCAAACCCUACCGGCUCAUCUUCGCUCUCCACUGGCUCGGCGGGAGCAUGAACGACGUUGUAACCGGCAACGUCAUCAAGCCUUACUACGGCCUUCCCGAGCUCGCCAACAACACCGCCAUCUUCGUCGCACCUAAUGGCCUCGGCAAUCGCGGUUCGCAAGGCUGGCCGAACACGGGAGGCGAGGACAUUGCAUUCAUGCGUGAGAUCGUCAAGGCCACGGACGAGAACCUCUGCAUCGACGAGAAACUCCGCUUCUCGACGGGCUUCAGCUACGGAGGCGGAAUGUCCUACUCCAUCGCCUGCACCCUCAGCAAGGAAUUCCGCGCCGUCGCCGUCCAGUCCGGCGCGCUCCUCAGCGGCUGCGCUGGCGGCACGGAACCCGUGGCGUACUACGCCCAGCAUGGCGUCAGUGACCAGGUCUUGCCCAUUGCGUCUGGGAGGCAGCUGAGGGAUAAUUUUGUGAAGGUGAAUGGGUGCACGGCGCAGCAGGCUCCGGAGCCGGCGAAGGGGAGCAAGCAGAGGAUUGUUACGAAGUACACUGGAUGUAAGGAUGAUAAGCCGGUGUGGUGGACGGCGUUUGAUGGGGAUCAUACGCCGGUGAAUUCGGAGGGGGGGUCGAGUAGGGAGAAUACUUGGACGUAUAAGGCGGUUUGGGAGUUCUUCUCUCAGUUCAAUUGAGCUGAACUUGGGUGGUAGAGGAGAAAGGGGUGACUAGGUUUCCCUCAUCUCGUUUUCUGGACGCUUAAGUUAAAUGAGAG